GGUGCACCAUGGAAGAAGUGAUGAGGACUUUAUCUGGGUCCAAGACCCCUGUCUCUUUGGACAUGUACCAGAGCUCAUACAUGACAGACUACAGACCGUAUGGUGACUACAGGCAGUCCACUGUGCACUCACAGAAAGUGAAAUCGGCAGAAACUCAGCAGGACAUCUCAGAUUCUGCAGCACCUCUUGAAUACCAGCCCACAGACAAUACUGUUGGCCAGAGAAGAGGAACCACUGAAGAACCUCGCCUUAAAGCAGCCAAUGGCUCUGGAGACAAAUUGAAGAAGAGUCACGUGGGCAACUCAUGUGGUUCUGAAUCAUUCCAAACGGUCCAAGAUCAGAGGAAGUAUUUUAAUUCAUCCCUUCCUAAUGCAGAAAGCUACCUCCCUAGGUAUUAUCCUUCCACAAAUCACAAGGACAAAUUACGGAGAACACAAACUCCCAGCCCGCUAGAAAAGGUGGCUUUUUAUCCCCAGUCUCCACCAACCGCUGUGCAGUCUUCAGGGAAAGAAGCGCCUCAAGGGCCAGCAUUGUGCAAUCAAGAACCAGGUCACAGCUGGGACUCUUACCAGCAAUUUAUCCAGGAGACCUGCAGAGCAAGACAGCGAACAGCUAAGCAGAACAAGAGCAGGAUUCUGGGCUCUUCCGUUUUCAGGGAAGAGCGCUUCAACAUUGAUAAGAGAAGUACCUAUAGCACUGAUUUCAAAUCCUGGAGUGGAGGCUAUGAUGGGCAAUGUACAGCACAUAGGAAUGUCUCCAACAUUUUAUUUCAAGAUGGCUGCCACAACCAGAACCCCUGGAUUUCAGAAUACAAGGACAACUACAGUGUUUUCUUGCAGAGGCUCAACUGGCCAUCCCACAACUCCAUCUCUGGUCUGUGUUCACCUGUAAAGCCCUUCUCACACCUUUCUCAUGGGCUGUCACCUCAGAAGCCCAUUGCAGUGAACACGGCCUUUUGAACAUUGUUACAGAGUCAGUGCUGCCUUUAAGACUCUGCUCUGAGAGCUCUCCAACAUGCCAGCCAUGAUAUUAUCUGGGAGACCAUCGAUGCCUGGGCAGCCCUUUGUGUUC